GACCUCUUACCUCCACCAUCGCCCCUUGCCUCAAUGGCUUCAGAUCUCUAUGAGACUCUAGGUGUAUCUAAACAUGCAACGCCAGAAGAGAUCCGAAAAGCGUAUAAGAAACGUGCUCUCGAAACGCAUCCCGACCGUCACCCAAACGUUACGUUAUCAGAGAAAGAGGCACUGGAAAACAGUUUUCGACAGGUCAGCAAUGCGUAUGAGGUAUUGAAUGAUCCCAAGACCAAACGCGAAUAUGACCGACAUGGCGUAUGGCCACCCCCCAGCCCUGAGGAGGAGCGCAGAAGGGAUCAUCACCAUCGAACGAGGACUUCGUCAUACCACCACCACCAUGAUCCUUUCGUUAACGACCCAUUCUUCAAUGAUCCCUUCCUCAACAGGCCGUUUCAUCGAUUCAACUUUACAGAUCCAUUUGAUCUGUUUGAACGGAUGUUCUCUGAUACAAUGUAUGGUGGUUCCAGUUACGCCAGACCGAGUCACCGCCACGAACGAAGAAGUCCCUGGGAUGAGGACCCAUUACCUCAAGCACGACGCAUGCAUUCCGAUAUGUUCAAUUUAAUGUCCAGUAUGCACAGGAACAUGCUUUCAGGCUUCAGUGAUUUUCCCGGGAAUGUUGAUGCUCAAUCCACCUCUGGAAAUGGCAACACCAGAUAUACUCGACAAGUAUAUAUGUCGUCUUCUCUGAAUGGUGCCACUCAUGCCGUCAAGAAAUCCCGAGAUUGGAAUGGUAACGAAAUCGUUACGAGGACCUAUCCUGACGGCCGUAAGGUCGUCACCAUCAACGGGGUGGAGCAGAGGGAGCCAGGUUAUUUACCUUCCUCCGCUCCCAACCAACUUCGUGAACCUCGUGUUCCAACUGCUCACCAAGGAUACAGCGGGCAUUCCUUACAGCCCCCUCCACCGUACCCUGGUCACCCAAAUCACCGUGCCGAACACAGGGAGCAUCGUCACCGCAGUAGGACUCUCACCCACGAUACACGCACUCCUGUGAUCCCGCCAACGGAAAUGUAUGAACCUUAUCAACACCAAUGUCCUGAAGGGCGUGGGUACCAUGACUCCAAGAACCAUAAAAAGCGAUGGGGACUCUUCUGAACUUAACCACACGUUUUAUACCUCCUCUUAUGUAUGCUUUCCACCUCACAAGUGGUGUGCUCCAACGUGUACCAUAUCCGACAUUGUGUAGUCCACUCUGCCCUGUAAUAUUAUGGACUUUUACAGCUAACAACCUUUUUUGAUACUGCGGUUUCCCCCCCGCGACCAGAUUUGUCGAUGUUCCGACCAAACCUCUACUCUACAUACCCUAUGCCUUCGAUGAAAACCCACCAAACCGUUUAUAACUGGUACUGAAACCGACGUGCCCGCAGGAGGAUAUACUAAAAAUUCCUGCUAAGUACGGAAAAUACAUGGAUAGAAAUAAGUAAAAUGGCGAGCUGUGAUAGAAUUAC